AUGCCGGCAGAUAGAAAGCCAAAGCUGGGCAAGCUUGCUACGCCCGUCUCCGCCACCUUCCCUUCGGAAAUCACGUCCGCCAACACCGCUACCACGGCCACUCCUCUCUCUGCCGUGGCUUUCAACUUCAACAUCAAGCCUGACCCGGACUUUCUCAAGACUCCCAUCAGCCCACCGUCAGCAUAUACGGACUUUCUGACCAAGGCCAUGUCUCUCAACUCCCCAAUGACGCUCAAUUCCGGCGAGACCUCACCAAACUCUUCCAUUCCUUCUCCGCCGGCAACAGCAAGCAGUGAGCGAUCGGACUGCUCCUGCAAGGAGACCCAUUCCUCGCACCCAUCUGCCUCCUCAUCAGCAUCGCCACCGGUGAAGGAAGAGCCGGGCAAGGCACAUACCCCUCCGGCUACUGCCCCAAUCAUUCCUCCCAGCCCAUUUACAACCUCAGCCCAACCCAUGUCUGCUCCCCCAACUGGUCCAGCUACGUUCCCUAGCUUAAAGCUGCCACCCAGUCCUGCCCUUUCGAACCUGGACUCUCCUGCUCGAUCGCCAUUCAGCGCCCGAUCCUAUCAUUCCGUCUUUGACUGGGAUAGUGCCCUCAAGGCAAGAUUCCCAGAAGUGCCAAAGAAGAAGACAUCACGGACCAGUGUGAGGCACAUUCGAGAAGUCGUGACGAGAACAGUCACGUACCACGCACCGGAUGUUGCCUCAAGAACCGUCACCUACCACACACCACGGAUGGACCCAGCGCCCAAGGGUAAGAGGCGGAAGGUCGAGUAG